UUGUUGGUGUCUGGUUGUUUUUGGCAGCUGAGGACGGAUUCCAUGGCGGACGUGCUGAGGAGCCUGAACCUCCUGGAGGUGCUGAAGGAGUCCAUGGAGAAGAAGGGGCUCUCCGAGGUGAAGGAGGCGGUGGAGGACCUCCUCAUCAGCAGGGUGGGGGAGAGCAGCCCAGAGAAAACCGCCCUCCUCAACUCCCUCCGCGGCCUGGGGCCCGGAGACAGUGGAGCGGCCCAGUUCGCCUCCCCCAGCCCCCAAGAGGAGCUGAUAGUUUACCCAAACCCCAAACACCCCGACUUCCGACUGUGGGACCUGCCCGUGGUCCCUGAUGGCUCUCCCUUUGACCCAGAGGAGUACAUGGAGAAAGUCAAGUUCCUGCGCUACAAUGCCGUCAUCGUGACGUUGUCUCGGAUGCCGUUUUGCAGCAAUAGUGCCCUCGUGUGGCGGGAGGCCAGAUCGCUCCAGAGGGAGGCUGUGUACUUCGCCUUGCUGGCCUCUGAGCGUGACUCACGGGAGUCCAUGGAGCCUAGGCGGAAAGCCAGCCAGGAGGUGUUGGGGUCGGUGGGCCUGGCUUCCCCGAGGGUCUUCCUGGUACGUGGCACCGCCUUGGAGACCCUGGACUUCCCCGAACUCCUGGAGGAAAUGUGGCGGGACGUCCCGGAGGUCAAGGCUGCCGCCCUCCUCCUGGCCCUUCCGGCCCUGUCCGUCGCCAUGGUGAACAGAAAGCGGGACGCCCUCAAGGCCCUGCGCGCCUGCCCCCUCUCCCGAGAGGUCACCAAGGGCGCCGUGAAGAAGCUGCUGGCGGCCGCAGAGAAGCAGAAGCCCACCGGUGCCCGCGUGGUGGAGAUGGCGCUGCCCGUGACCACCAAGUCCGCCAGCCGCUCCUUCACCACCAUGACGACAUGGCCACCGAUGCGGAAAGGGUGGUGGCGGCUGCAGUCGGGGGGGUUCUUUUUUUUUCUUUUGACACUUGGCUAA